AUGAAGGCAUCUCAAGUCAUUAUUGCCUGCACGGGCAUGGCUGCGGUUUCCGUGGCGCACAUGGAGAUGAGAGACCCUCCUCCCUUUCGCUCUCCUUACAACCCUUACACCGGCGGCGACAUCGACUACGACAUGCCUUCGCCGCUGAACUCGAACGGCGGUGACUUCCCGUGCAAGGGCUACGCGAGAUAUCUGGGCACCCCGGAGGGCAGGCCGGUGGCAACUUGGUCGCCAGGAGGCACCUACUCCAUGACCAUCACGGGACACACGCCUCACAACGGCGGCAGCUGCCAGGCAUCCGUCUCCCUGGACGGCGGGAGCUCCUGGAAAGUCAUUCGCUCGUACAUUGGCAACUGUCCGGUCAGAGGAGACUCCAGCUACAGCUUCACUCUGCCCAGCGAUUUGCCCGCAGGCGACAUGCUCUUCGCCUGGACCUGGUUCAACAACGAGGGCAACCGCGAGAUGUACAUGAACUGCGCGGCCAUCACGGUCCAGGCCGGCGGCGGUGGACAGGCACGGCCCGGCGGCGCGGCCUCGUACAGCAGCCGCCCUGCCAUGUUUGUUGCCAAUGUUGGAAACGGCAUCUGCACCUACGAAGGCACCGAUGUUGAUUUCCCCCAGCCCGGCCCCGAUCCGGUCCGCACCUCGCGCAGACCCCAUGCUCCUGGAAAUAACGGCUGCGGCAACUGGGGAGGUGGUUACUGA